AUCUUUCCCCUCAAGUCCCUUCCCGUCUCCGCAAAGCAGCGGCCGUCGUGCAGCUCAGCUCAGCUCAGUUCUGGAGAAGGUCCAGGCGGUCGAGGGUGUUCGCGCAAGGGAGAGGUCCACCAACCCACAAACCCACGAACACCGAACCCAACCCCCGCAAGACCCAAUUCUUUUGUCAUUGCUUUGGGUUUCCACUUUACUGCUGCUGCUGCUUCGCUCACAUCAUGUUGA